AUGGACAGCGUGCAGGCGGUUGCGGAGCUCGAGGCGCUUCUGGGGCGGACACUGGUGGUGCAUACGACGGACACGCGGCUCUUUGCGGGCAGCUUCAAGUGCACAGACGCGGACCGCAAUAUCAUUCUCGCCAACACGUACGAGUACCGCUACCCGACGGCGGCGGCGCUGAGCGAGGCCGCUGCGCGACAGAGCCCCGACCGCGAGGGGAUGACGACCAGCGGCAGCGGCAACAGCGUGACGGCGAACAUGACGAGCCGGUUCAUCGGGCUGGUCGUAGUCCCGGGGCGGCACAUCACGAAAAUCGAAGUGGACAACCACCGGCCGGGGCGAUCAGGCCGCUAG